AUGUUUUCAACACAGACUAGAAGCUCACUCGAGCUCAUGCUGGAAAAAAUCCAGGAAAUGGAGGAUCAGCCACAGGACAGGCCACCAUCAUUGCCAGUUCGUCCAAUAUCGAAGGCUCGAUUACCACUGGGAAGAAGAAGGUCAUUGCCAAUGAACUUCCAAAAGACUGAUUCCGAAGAAACUGAGGAUGAAAAUAUGAAUCCAAGUUCUAGAUGGGGCGUGUUAAGCAAACGAACAAUGAGAGAGGCUUUCGUUGAAUCAACUUAUAAUCAAGUGUCAGCGGAAAGUGAUGAUGCAGGAUCAUCUGCUAUUGUCACAUUGCCUGAUGAAUCUGCUUGUGGUCGGUUGACUCGAAGACAUUUUGAUUGCAUGAAAAAUAAGCAGAAGCCAAGCAUCAAGAACACAAAAGACAUGAGUGAUCAGGAUUUGAAUAAUCCAAUGACUAAGGAUCAUGUUCUAAUCCCAUUUAAAGAUCUAGUUGAGCUUCAAAGGCGAGUUCUAAGGGUAGAGGCAGCAUUGAGGAAAAAGGAAGAGGAAAAUGCCGCUUUGAGGCUUGAACUUCAAAAAUUUGAACAAAAAUGGUCACAACACGAGGCGAAGAUGAAAUCCAUGGAGGAGAUGUGGCAAGACCAGUUUACGUCUAUACAAAUGAAUCUAGCAGCAGCCAAGAAUGGUCUUGCUGCCGAAAGCAGGAUAGGUCAAGUUAGAAAGGUUCAUGUUUCCCCAGAGCACCAUAAUCACAAUGCUGAUAAUACAUUAUCUAUGGGAUCACAAGGCGCCGGGGAAAGGUGUCCAGUGAACUUUUCUGACUUGCCCCACAGCAAUGGCAGAUUAAAUUCGAUCAGUCACCUAAUUCUGCAGCAUAAAAACGCGUUGGAUGGUACGAAUUUAGGAGCAAAUUCAGAACAGAUAGCUUCCACCAUGGGUACUAAUGAUGAGCUUCAACAUCUGAAGCUCAGGUUUAAAGCAUGGAAAAAGGACUACAAGUUUCGUUUGCGAGAGACAAAGGCAACUCUUCAAAAGCUUAGCCACUCAGAAACAGAGAAGGGUCGAAAGAAAUGGUGGGGAAGCUGA